CUAACUGAAGAAUUGAUUUUCUGCAUGGCUGCAGGCGCUGAGGAAUCCACUGAGAGAACCCUGAGUACUGGAAAUGUCUAUGGUGAAGAAGAAGAAGUUGAGAUUAUAGAAGAAGUUGAGAUCAUAGAAGAAGUCGAGAAGGAACUGGACGUGGAAGGGGUUUUAAGGAAGCAAAACACACAUGACCUAAUCUGUCCAAAUUGUCAUUCUUCUAUCACCAGAACGGUCAUUCUUCGUAGAAGAAGAAAGCCGAAGAUUCAGUUUGCUGAAUCUAUUGAAGCUCAUGGUGAGGUUAUUACAGACCCAAGUAGCAGUGCAACUCCAAUACCUGCCCCUGAUGAGCACCAUAAGGAUGAGGGACGAGAAGAGGCCUUCAAAUGCUUAUCAUGUUUCAGUUUCUGCAUUCCUACAGAUCUCACAAUGCCUCUUUUGGAAGCCAAACCGUUUGAGGGAGCAUGGGCAUCCUUUUGAAGUCCUAGUAUCAUUUUAGUCAUUUUGGAAAAGAAGCUUUUCAGAAUAAUUUUGGUCUUAAUUUUCUCCUGGUUUUGUUGAGUGUGAACCUUCUAUAUUUUUUCUGUCCCUAUGGAAAUGAUAAC